AUGAGACUAAGACUACUAUUAUUACUAAUCUUUAUAUAUGUACUGAUAAUACCUAUUCCACUAAAUUCCAGUCAAGAAUCUGAUGACAAUUCAAAUGAUUUUACAACUGUAUCCGUGGCUAAGUCUAUGCCCACUUCAAGAGGACGAAGAAGAUGUGCCACAAUUAGAGACUUUAGCAACGGUUGGAUGACUUUGAGAAGCAGAGGAAGAAUUGCAAAAUUUAUGUGUAAUAAAGGAUUUCAAUUAAUUGGAAACCGAGUACUGACUUGUAUUCAGGGAAAGUGGAACAACGUUUUGCCCGUUUGUGUCGAUAUGAGAUCAAGUAGUGGACAGUUAUUGCCGAUAACUACAACUUCAAGUCCAUUGAAUAGUGCGGUUACAGCAAAAUUUCAGUCACUAUCUGUAUCUGAAUUGAACUCAAAAACAUCAACAAUGAAUCCACUGUUUACUACUCCUGUGAUUAAUAUGAGUGUCGUUAGCAAUGACAGCUCAAACAUUUUUGUCGAGUCCAGCAAAAUAUCGUUGAAUCCAAACUUAGUUCAAAGUCAUUCAGUCAGUCCUAUAGAGACAACUAUAAUACGUGAUAUGUUGUUCACCACUACUGCCAUUCCCUCACUUUUCACAACUAAUUCCGAAAUAACAGCCAAAACACAAUCUACUGUUGCCGUCGCUGCACAUCAAAGCUUACUGUCGUCCACUGAAUCCUCUAUUAAAAGUAAAUUUACAACUCUUAUGGUCACAGAUAUGAGUUCUGUUAAAUCAACAAACAAUAUACUGUCCACUAAAAUACCAAAUAAUUUAAAAUAUACUCAAAAACAGUUUGUUUUGUCAACUGUAUUGCCAUUACAGGGGUCACCAAAUCUUACAUCAAAUAAUUCAUUAAAUAACGAAUUUAAAGGAAUGAACAAAGAAAUGGUUAUUGUCAGCGAUGGCAUAGCUAUACCAACAUCAACAUCAAAAUCACAAGACUCUCAACCCAUAAUUGAAUCUAAAACAAGACAAACAACAGCUGUAAAACCAAUAACCAGUGUUUCAAACAUUUGGACUAAUCAUACAAAAGAUUUAGACUCAGGAAAUCAAAGCACUCGUAUAAAUAGUAGACAAAAGAUUACUACAUUAGUUACCAUAAGUACAUUCAGUUCCAGCACUAGUAGUCAUACUACCAGUACUUAUAAUAAAACGAGAGGUCCUAUGGUUGUAACACCAGCUCUGAGUAAUCAUAAUAUAACAAACAAUUUUGACAUCAACUCUAACAGACAUACCAUUACCACUACAACAAAGCCAAAGCCAAUACCAUCCAUAUCCGUGACAUUCAAUGCUUUGAGAAGAAGAAGAAGACCGAUGAAGAUCAACGAUCACUUGCUUUCUGGUGCCAAACAUUUAGUCAAUAAUAGUAAUAAUGAGUUAAACACUUCUCUAAGCAUUUGUGUUAGCAUUAUAUUAAUGGCAAUCAUCACAACAACUCUAACUUUUUAUGUUAUUAACAAAAAAAUAAAUAACAGACAAAACAGACUUUCAGAAGAUUCAGAAAUGCGUUACUUAUCACCCAAUGAUGUCGUCUCUUAA